AUGACGAAAGAAGAAGGGGUCGGAUAUCAAGCCGCAGCUCCUGCGCCUGUUGGCAACGGGCCUCCAAACGGUGGCCUUCGAGCAUGGCUCGUGGUGCUGGGAGCCUGGUGCACCUCUUUUUGCAGUUUUGGAUGGAUCAACAGUGUUGGCGUGUUCCAGGACUACUACGAGGCUACGAUUCUCAAAGAGUACUCGGCUAGUACUGUUUCGUGGAUCCCCUCGUUGCAAAUCUUCUUCAUGAUGGCCUUGGGUCCGGUAAUUGGUCUCAUCUACGACAAGUACGGCCCUCGUUGGCUCAUCAUUGGCGGGACGUUUCUUCACGUCUUUGGCUUGAUGAUGACGUCCAUCUCUACUGAGUACUACCAGCUCCUCCUCUCUCAGGGUGUCUGCAGUGCCAUUGGCGUCUCUGCCAUCUUCCAGCCAGCCCUCAACAGCAUCGCGACAUGGUUCACCACGAAACGCGGCGCCGCCUACGGACUUCUGGCUACCGGCUCGAGCUUGGGAGGCGUGAUUUUCCCCAUCAUGGUCAGCCGCCUCAUCGACGAGGUCGGCUUCGGCUGGUCCAUGCGAAUCUCGGCCUUCUUGAUCCUCGUUCUGCUCAUUGUCGCCAUCAUCACGGUUGAAACGCACAACCCGCCAAAGUUUCAGCCCAUCACCUUGAAACGGAUGCUUACUCCCUUUACCGAGUUCCAGUUCUUCUGUCUUUCUGUGGGGCUGCUGCUGUUUACCUUUGGGCAAUAUGUCCCGAUCGAUUACAUCUCCGUCGAGGCUGCCGAAGCCGGCAUGGACCCUAAUCUGGUGCAAUACCUGAUUCCCAUCUUGAACGCCGGAAGUUUGUUCGGCCGUGUCUUCUCCGGCCUUGCUGGCGACAAAUGGGGUCGAUAUAACAUCUUUGUCUCCGUCUGCUAUCUGGCUGGCAUAUUUAUCCUGGGUCUCUGGAUCCCCGCAGCGACAACCGGUGCCCGAAUUGCCUUUGCCACCCUUUACGGCUUCUUCUCGGGAGCCUAUGUUGCCUUGAUCGCCGCCCUUGUCGUGCAAAUAUCGCAUCCAGCCGAGAUUGGCUUCCGCACCGGUCUGAUCUUCUUGGCUUCCUCUGUCGGUGGCCUUACGGCGAAUCCCAUCUCAGGCGCCAUUCUUGAGGAACCUAUAGGAUGGGUGGGGCCAAAGGUCUUUGCAGGCGUCUUUUGUAUUGUCGGGACGACGUUUGUUUUGGCGGCGAGGAUCCACAGGACGGGAUGGAAAUUGAGAGUUGUCUUUUGA